AUGGAAGAGAGUGAAUUCUAUGACACAAUUAUAGUAGGAAGUGGACCAGCAGCAUACACUGCUGCGCUAUUUCUGAAGGAUAGGAAGGUGCUGAUGCUGCUGGGAAGCCUAUCACUUGAGAUUGGCCCAGGUGGACAGUUGACGACAACUACAACUGUAGACAAUUACCCUGGGUUUCCAAAGGGCACAACUGGUCCAGAAAUGAUGAAAACAGCCAAAAAGCAGGCCAAUGACCUUGGAAUUGAGCAAAUAAAUGAGACAGUCAUUGGCAUAAAAAGCAAGGACAAUUUGUUUAUCGUACAAACAAAGAAGUUGAGUAAAUUGGCCAGAACUGUUGUAAUUGCAACAGGAGCAUCUGCCAAAAAGCUGGUUGUCCCUGGUUCUGAUACGUAUUGGAACAAGGGAAUAAGCGCAUGUGCAGUCUGUGAUGGAUUCUUUUUCAGGGACAAGGUGUGUGCUGUGAUAGGAGGUGGCGAUACUGCCCUGGAGGAGACACUCUACCUCUCAAAGAUCUGCAAGAAGGUGCUACUGGUCCACAGAAGACGUGAAUUCAGAGCACGAGCUGACAACGUAGAGAAAGCCAGAAAGAUUGAAAAUGUCGAAUUCAUCACACCCUAUCACCUGGAAAAGUGUGUUGGAGACAAUGAGAAGCUGAAUUCGAUCAUUCUCGUAAACAAUGAAACGGGUGAAAAAGAGACAAUCGAAGUCGAUGGCCUCUUCUUUGCAAUUGGUCACGUUCCAAACACCUCAUUUCUCAAAGGGGAAUCAACUGAUUUCAUCAAUAUUCGUGAAAAUGGAUAUGUCAAAACACAUCAUGGAGUCAAAUGCAGUAGAAAUGGAGUAUUCGCAUGUGGAGACGUACAGGACUUUGAAUUCAGACAGGCUGUGACUGCCGCUGCUUCUGGUUGCGAGGCUGCCCUUGAAGUUGCUGAAUUCCUUAGAAAUGAAAAUGCCUAA